AUGCACAUGAGUAUGGAAGAAGCACUAGUGGCGGCUACACUCAAUGCUGCUCAUUCUCUAGGACGAGGUCGAACUCACGGCGCAAUCAGUGUCGGUCGUCAAGCUGACUUCGUAGUACUCGACGAAAGUGUCAGUUCUUGGAAGCACAUCAUAUACAGAAUGGCAGCUCAAGACACAGUGAUUUCGUGUACAGUGAAGGCUGGACGAAUUCAUCAUGUACUAUAG